AUGCCAUUGCAGAUCGGCGAGAUCAAGGUGAGGACUAAUGGCUCGGCCCAUCUUUUACCCAGUGCUUCUACCCUCCUAGCCGCUGUAUACGCCGCUGAUUCGGGCAAAGUGACCUUCCAGAUGAUAUUCGACGAGGAAGCAACAAGAGUGGAGAAGCUCAACCUGCAUAUAGAUCUGUCAUCCACAAGUCUUGGGUUUUUGCUACAGCCUGGAAAUCACGUUGCAUUUGAGCCACUGUCUGCUUUCGUCGUCGGACUCAGCAUCGGCUCAGGGUUGGUGGUCUAUCGUCAGGGGAUUCGACCACCGGUUACCGAACGAGAAUUGCUCCAAAAUCUGCGUAUGUCGAGUUCAUUGCCAGAGCCGCAGCAGCGGACCUUCUAUCAAGCUGUUCUGAUACUCUCUACGGAAUGUCUCCUGACUGUGGCAAGCCGAUCCUCGAACAUCUUGGAUGCAGCAGAAUGGAACCUCUUCCAAUCCUUGUAUUUGUUGUCACUGCAUUCGGUGAGAGAAAAAGAGAUGUGCAUCCGAUACGUCGACCCCUGCAUCCAAGUCAACGAUUUACGUUUCGAUCUCAAACACAUGCUCAGUCAACUCUUCCAUCGCUGUGGCGGCCUCGCUGGCGAGAAGCAACAGACGGUGUUUGGUCUGGUGCCCCGAGGAGAAGCAGUCCCAGUUAUGAUGAUUUUUAUUUCGUCCCUACGUCUAGAUCUAACGCGCGCAAUACUUCCUUCUCCAGCCAAUCUUAGAUCUGAACGCACGCAAGAACUACUCAGGGAAAUACGGCAAAAACGUUCUACGUACGAAGUUGGUGACGCGACGCUGGCAUUCUGGAAGCAUGCUAGGACAUCUUUUGCAGAGCGCUGCCGUGACCGGGAGCACACCACGAGAUGCGAAUACACAUCACAAGAUCCCUCUACCGUGCUGGCUACGAAGACCGGUGGAAACAUAACUUGCUUGUGCGGGCUGGGUAAGUUUCCGAAGGAUUACAGGUCGGAUCUGUCUGUAUGGACGAGCGCGGCCGAACACUGUGUUCGCCAGGCUAUUUCGCCCUGUUACUCUGUCCCCGUGGUCGAGAAGGCUAUUGAAGAAGACUGCAAAAUAUGGAACAGAAUGGCAAAGGAAGUGGGCAAUCUCAACCUAAAGAAGGAGGGUUGUUGA